AUGAGCAUUCCAUCCUACAAUAGCGGCGUGCAAUGGCUCUGCGGAUCAGACGCAGGAAGUGUGGAUACUUCUGUCCCUUUCAUCCGCUGCUACACCAAGUACACGGGCAGACAACCGGCUUACGGCAAGAAGUCGGCCCGCUAA